GACCUCCUCAACAUCAGCUCCGUCUGUAGCUGUCCUCUGUCAGCCCAGGAGGCGUACAUGUUAAGCAGUCAGCUGAUGACACCUGUCGCGAUACACCUCCCCUUCGGGCGUCCCUCCCUGCAGCAUCCCAUGAUGGCAGUCCACCUCCUGGAAGUCCAGCUUCGUGGCCGGAUACUCCUCCCAGCUCCGACUACCGCUGUGGGUCUCCUACACAAUCACACAGAGCAUGCUCCCUCAGGCUGGGAUGGGGUCCCCAUACACCAACUGCAGUCUUCCCGACCCCCGCCUUGCCACGCCCACCACCUGGUCAUGCGACACAGAGGCACCUGGAAAUACAUCCUAUGUGUCUCUGAUACCUCCAGAUUUCCACCUCCCGGGUGAUCUGACGUACCGGCUGUCGACAUCCAUGGUGCCAAUGCUGGAAGGUUUUAGUGCAGGGAUUUGGAGUGAGCUGUAUGGACUUGUUCGGAACUGGACGGAGACAUAUGGCGCGACUAACAUCAUUAGUGGGCCAAUAUUUGACCACAGUCACAGAGGACAUCUGGAUGUAACGAACAUUAUAAAUGGAUCCUCUGGUAUUCCCUCCGACUACUUCACAAUCAUCAGCCAGCGUGGAUCUGAUGUGACCCGUCUGGACACCUGUAGAGAUCCUCAUGUUCUGGCCUUUAUACUUCCCCACCGACCGUCCUACACAUUCAACUGUCAGAAUGCAACUCAUUACCUGUUGGACAAUGAAGUCAGAGUGCGAGAUGUGGAGCUCCUCACAGGGCUAGAGUUUUUCACCAACACCCCUGUAGAGAGCUCUGCACAGAUACGGACAGCACUGCCACACACCUUAUGGAACAUGAGCUGA